AUGAAAGUUCUCCUAUUUCAUGUUGCCUUGGUUUAUCUCAAUUUCUUGCUCUGCUGUUCACUUGAUCCCUCAACUAUCAUAUUAGCAGUCAAUGCAGGAGGCUCAGCUUAUACUUCUUCAUUUGGUUUUUCAUACACUGAUGAUAAUUAUUAUACCUCAGGAAGCAGCACUUAUACAAACUCAGGUGCUUCAAUAGCCAGUACAGUGAAUGAUUUUGUUUAUGAUUCCGAAAGAUUCAACUCAGCGACCUGAGGCUAUGAUCUCCCAGUCAGUGCAGACGGGACAUAUGUGCUGAUCCUUCAAUUUGCUGAAAUUUAUUACACAAAUACAAAUAAGAGAGUCUUUACUGUAAAAAUUGGAAGCUAUGCUGUUGCUACUAAUUUAGACCUUGUAGCAUCUGCAGGAGCAUUAACUGCUUAUGAUAUUUUUACAACUUUUACCUUGUCAAGUGAAACCGUUUCGAUUGGUGGAAAUGCAAUAACUGGAGCUUAUUCAAGUGGGAAAUUGGUCAUUAGGUUUUAUAAAAACAUAGAAAAUCCUAAAAUUUCAGGAGUCAUUUUGGUGAGUGGAGAUUGCAGUGUGGCUGAUUACUGUAAUAUGUGUUAUCAAGUAAGAUGUAUGGUUUGCAAUGUGGCUGCUCUUACAUGCACGACUUGUAUUGCUAAUGCUAGCCCUGUUAGUGGAGUAUGCCAAUGCAAUGCAGGAACUUAUUGGGUGACGCCGUCAAGAACCUGCGUUUUUUGUGAUAAUUUAUGUAUAUCAUGUAGCUCGGAUAAUUUUAUUUGUGCAACUUGUUCGGGAACAAAUGUGUUAGUUUCUAGCGUAUGCUUAAGAGCUUGCCCAUAUGGAUUUGGCACAUCUUGUGCUUCAGUUUCAACAGCGGUUAUAGAUCAAAACUUUGUUGAUUAUUUUUACGGAGCUUAUGGUUUAUUUAGAACAGGGACAAGCUCAAGUAGUUAUUAUUUUUUUAAUUCUCCUGAAGCAGUUGAUCCUAUCCCAGCUAAAAAUCGAGGGCUUUAUUUUUCUGGAGGUUCAUACCUGCAAACAACUUCAACUGUUUAUAUUUCACUUAAUUUUUCAAUUGGGAUGUGGGUUUGAAUAUUAUCAGGAUCAGGAGAUAUCUUGACAAAUAGCUCAGGAUAUAAAAUAGCCAUUUCUGCUCUUGGCAUUAUGACUAUUGUACUAGAGAGCAAGACAGAAUCUACAACUACAAUAACAACUGUAGCGCUUAAUCCUUCAAAUUCAGCUUGAGUUUAUAUGUCAUUCAUUAUUUCAUUUUCAUCAUCUACUACUUCAACUACUAUUGUUCCCUAUUUAAAUAAUUCUCCUCAAACAUCUGCAACAUCUAGUGGAUAUAUAUAUAGGGAUGCUGUAAAUAAUGUAUUAAUUCUUGGAAAAAGCUCUUCAAGCAAUUAUUUACUCCCGUGAGUGAACCAUUUUUUAUAAUAUUUGAUAUACGAUUAGUUUUAUUUAAUUUACUCUAAUGCAAUUAACUUUUAGGUAGCUCAAUUAUUAAACAUAGACUUUAUAUUGGUGAUAUUUUUUUAAUGAUGACUCGAGCCUAAAAAUAAAUUAAAUAAUUAAAUUUAAGCUCCUGAACUAGGAAGAGGGCUAGGAUAUAUUUAUCAAUUUACUCUAUGAAAUGUUGCAACCUCAAAUUUCAAUACUCAAUAUUCAAACCAAAUAUAGUGCAUUAGCCACAAUAAAUCGCUAUGUGCUUUCUAUAAUUUGUUAAGAACUGACACCGUCCAGUAAUUUUUUCCCAUCUUGUCUAUGCCUUAAAACAAAUCAAAAUUAUCAUUUCAGUUCUGACUUUUUCAAAAUUGGAAAGACAGAUUGCAUUUUAAAAGAUAAAAGCAAUAACUAAUUUGCAUUUAUAGUAAUGGAAGUGAUAUAUGUGGCUCAGGAGCAAUAGCUAGUUGUCUUUGGACAUGCCCCCUAUCUCAGUGGAUGAAUGGGUCAACACCCACAAAUUGCAACUCUUGCACAAACGGUUGUGUAAGAAAUGUAUCCUGUAAUGUUUGCUAUGACCCUCUUUGCAGCGGCUACAUGCUAUUUGAUCGGAGCAUUUUCCUUAUGUGACACUUCUAAUAAGAUAUUUGCUCAAAACUUUUCCUCGUGAGAUAUUUGAUCGAAAUUUUAAUUUUUUCGAGCAAAUUUUUUCACGAAUUUUGACCAAAAAUAUCGAGAAAAAUUUACUAGAAAAAAUUCAAAUUAAUAUCUUGUAACGUUAUGCAGCGUAUGCACAGGAUUCUUAACAGGUCUCUGCACACAAUGUGUUUCUAAUGCAUCUGGAACUCCAUGUUCUUGUAAUAUUGGAUACAUGCUAUCUGCUGAUGGUUUUUCAUGCAUACCCUGCUUUACUGGAUGUGCUUCGUGCACUGGAACUUCUUAUUAUCAAUGCAAUUCUUGUUUUUCUAGCUAUUAUUUAUUAAAAAAUUUAUGUCUUACAUAUUGUCCUUCUGGAUAUACAGCUGAUUCAGCAGGGCAUUCUUGCACUUUAUCUAAUUCAAACCCUUUAAGUAUCGCUCUCCAGAAUUUGAUUCAAUUGGACACAGUAAGUGGAGUUUCAGUAGGAUCAUCAAAUACAAAUACUUAUCCAGGCUGAGAAACAACAGAUCCGAUCCCUUCAAUUUAUAGAGGCUACUACUUUUCAGGAAGUAAUUUUAUGAGCCUUUCAUCAUUCACACUCAGCCCAUAUUUUUCAUUUUUGAUUUGGAUAAAACCUUUAAAUGAUGGAUAUUUAUUUAUGAAAUUUGAUGGUACUACAAAAUAUUCUUUUAUUGUUUUUUCAUCUGGAAUUCCUUCUCUGAAUAUCCAGCUUGCAGAUUCAAGUUCUUUUAGCGUAAGUGGCUCUUCAAGUAUUUUAUCUGGAUGGCAUUAUAUAGCCUUUACUGGAGGUCUUUCAUCUGGAAAUACUGUUAUUUCUCUAUCAAUUGAUGGAAUGUCUGCUACGUCAGCUACUUCUGCCUCAUUUUCAUAUUAUAAGGACCUUGGCUCACUUUAUAUUGCGAAAGAUACAACAGCAUCAGCAGGCUUUACUGGCUUUUUAUGAAGUUUAAAAAUUUAUAAUGAUAAUACUUAUGCAGCACAAGAAUGAAAAACAUCAGGAUGCUCUGGAUGUACUACUUGUCCUUCUGAGCUGAUCUGUCCAGAUAGCUGUCCUUUUGGGCAAUUUUAUUCAACCUCUUGCAUUUCUUGUACUGGCUCAUGCCCUUAUGGGUGCAGAUCAACUUUCACUUGUAGACUUUGCAAAGAUAAAGAAUGUCUUGCGUGCACGACUUUUGAUGGUCCUUGCACAUCCUGUAUAACAAAUGCUAGUAUAUCAGGAGCCACAUGUGUUUGCAAUAAUAAUGCGUUUUGGGAACAAAGUUCAGAUGGUUGCCAAAUUUGUGAUGAUUUAUGCAGUCAGUGUCAAACAAAUAAAUACUUUUUAUGCUCAUCUUGUGUAGCAACUUUUACUCUUGUUUCAGAUAUUUGUCUAACUCUCCCACUCCUCAGAGAACGAACAAACUAUUAGAAAAAUCCCUAAUUUUUGCCCAAAAAUUCACCCUCAGAGAAACAAAAAUUUUUUAUGAAAAAAAAUUUGAUAUGUCAGUGAUAAUUAUUACAUGAAAUCUUUAACUAAUUCUAUUUAUUUUAAACAGCUUGCAUUUUUAAAACAUAAAUUUCACAAAUUAAAUUAAUUUUUACUUUUAAUAAUUUCGUAUAAUAUAUAUAUAAGAUUUAAAACAAAAUUAACCCCUCUUAGGCGAACAAAAUUAUUUUUGUUCUCCACGGAUAAGGAAAGUAAGAGGUUGCCCUUACGGAUUUACAAGUCCAUGCACAGCAGUUACUUCACCUGUAAUAGAUGUAUCAUUUAGUGGAGAUUUUCAGGGAACUUAUUCAAUUUUUACUACUGGAACAAGUUCAAGUUCCUACCAAUUCUUUAAUUCACCUGAAACAGUGGAUCCCAUCCCUGCAAAGCAAAGAGGUCUCUAUUUCGGUUAUUUCACACAACGCUUGUGGAGAUUUUUUUGGAAGUAAAUUUUUAAAUUUUUUGGGAAAAUUUUAUAUUGACUAUAAUAGAUGACUCCUUAUUUAUUUCUGAAAACCACCAUUAAAUAAAUUUAAAAAUUUUUAAAAGUUAAAAAAAAAAAUGUUUAAUUUAUGAUUUUUUAGAUUUUCUUAAAAGUUUAUAUAAAUUUAUCCUUUAAAUAAUUGUCUUUAAAAAUCUAAAAGGGUGCUCACUAUAUUUAUUGGCUAUAAAUUUAAUUUUUUAGAGUAUAAUUUUCGGAAAUUAUUUUAGUAUAUUUUUGAUUAUUUAGCCAGAAAAAAAGGCCAAAAGUCUUCUAAGAAGCUCGGUGGCAUAUAAGUUACACCCUAUUUCAAUGGAAAUCAAUAUUUACUGUCAAAUACAAAUAUAUAUCUUUCGCACAGUUUUGCAAUGGGUCUCUGAAUUUAUGUAACAGCUGUAGGAGACAUUUUAUCAAAUUCUAGGAUUACUGUCGAUUCAACUGGCUCUAUAAAAAUAUCAUUAGAAAGUCCAUUAGAAGCAACUUCAUCUCAAACUCUAUCAAGUUCUUCAUUUUCAAUAUGAAUUUUCUUAUCAUUUACUUCUUCAUUUAACAGUCCUACGAUUGCAACUACUUUGUCAAUAUAUAAUAAUAACAACCAAGUCGCAUCAUCAACUUAUAACACUCUUAUUUAUAGAGAUCAAACUAAUGAAAAAAUUAAAAUCGGUGGCAGUUCAACGUCUUAUUUUACAGGAUUUAUAUAUAAUUACAAGCUCUGAAACGUUGCGGUUUUUGAUUUUUCGACACAACUAAAUGAAAUUUGCGGCUCUGGAUUACUAGCCUCCUGUCUAUGGGAGUGCGAUAUUAUCGAUUAUUCCGUCUCAUCAGCAUGCAUAAAUUGCGAUGCAGGCUGCAGUUUAGGCUGCACGAGAAAUGGAUCAUGCAAUAUUUGUGAUGACCCCCUUUGUAGUGUUUGUACUGGAUUUGCAUCAAAUAAAUGCACCACUUGUGCUACUAAUGCAUCUGGAACUCCAUGUGCUUGUAAUAUUGGAUAUAUGGUAUCUUCCGAUGGGUUUUCAUGUAUUCCUUGCUAUUCUGGAUGUGCUUCAUGCACUGGGACUCUAUAUUAUCAAUGUAGCUCUUGCCUUUCAAGCUAUUAUUUAUUAAAAACCAUGUGCCUUACUUAUUGUCCUUCAGGGUAUACAGCUGACUCGUCAGGCCAUACUUGCACUUUAUCUACAUCAAACCCUUUAAGUAUUGCUCUCCAAAAUUUGAUUCAGUUGGACACAGUAAACGGGGUAUCAGUAGGAUCUUCAAGCAUAAAUACUUAUCCUACUUGGGAAACGGCUGACCCAAUUCCUUCGAUUUAUAGAGGAUAUUAUUUCUCAGGUAGUAAUUAUAUGAGUCUUGCAUCAUUUAUAUUAAAUCACCCUGUUUAAAAUGGAAAAAUUAAUCCUCUUUAAGUUGGAACAAAAUUUUAUUUAAUUUUAUAUAUGAAAAUAUUAUUUUAUUAUUAAAAUAGUUUUAAUCGAAUUUAAUGGAGAUUGAUGAAACUAGAGCCUAAUUAAUUAGUUUGCGCUAAAUCGAUUAAAAUUUUAUAUUAAUCUUUCAUAUAAAUAAAUUUAAAUUUUAAAACCAUCCGUUCAAUUUCUAAACUUUAUUUUAAAAAAGAAUUAUCUUGAAUUGGAAAAAAUUAAAGAGGGGGGAUAAGUCCGUAUUUUUCACUGCUAGUUUGGGUCAAACCUCUAACUUCCUCAAAUAAGCAAUUGAAAACCAAAAUACUUUUUAAAAGUUUUAGAAGAUGCAUUUAAUAGUUAACAUUGUUUUAAUAUUUUGAUGCUUACCCCUCUUUGAAUUGGAUCAAAAAAUCCUGUCCAAGCUUAAAGGAUUAAUUUUCUUAUAAAAAAGAAUUAUAUUAAAUCUUCUCUAUAAAAUGAAUAGAUAUAAAUUGAUAAAAGAGUUUAAGAUUUAAAUUUAUUUUAUAAAGAAGUAAUCCAAAAAUUAAACGAUUUAGAGUGGAACUACUUAAAUAAUAUUCUAUUUGCACUUUUUUCUAAUGAAUUAGGUCAAAACUAAUUAUUUUCACUAUAAAAUUUUCUAUUUAAAUGAAAAAUUAUUCUAAUUUAAAGGGAAUUAAAUAACCAAAAAUAAAAUUUAACCUAUAUUUUGUAAGGAGGAAGCUAAUAUAAUUUUUUAUUUGCCUUAACUGAAAAAAUUUUACAAAAAAAUAAAUUAAUGAAUUUAAUUAAAUAUUUUAUAAAAAAGUUAAACAGUAAUUAAAAAUUAAGGAGUAAAUGAUGGAUAUUUAUUUAUGAAAUUCGAUGGAACUACAAAAUACUGCUAUAUUACUUUUUCAUCUGGAAUCCCUUCCAUAAAUUUUCGGCUUAUAGAUUCAAGUUCUCUUACUCCUUCCCUUAUAUUUUUAAAUUAAAUUGCUCCAUUAUAAUUUUAUACAGAUUUUGUUCAUUACAAUUUCUGGCAAUUGAAAAGGAGUCAUUAAUAUUUUUUAAAAAUAUGUUUAAAUUUAGAUUUAGCAGAAACCUUGAUUAAAUUAACAAUUAAAAUAUUCAAUAAAAUAUUAUAUUUUGUAUAAAAUUUCUUGGUAAGUGAGGGAAAGAGCUAGCAUUAGUGGCUCUUCAAGUAUUUUAUCUGGAUGGCAUUAUAUAGCCUUUACUGGGGAUCUUUCAUCUGGAAAUACUGUUAUUUCUCUAUCAAUUGAUGGAAUGUCUGCUACGUCAGCUACUUCUGCCUCAUUUUCAUAUUAUAAGGACCUUGGCUCACUUUAUAUUGCGAAAGAUACAACAGCAUCAGCAGGCUUUACUGGCUUUUUAUGAAGUUUAAAAAUUUAUAAUGAUAAUACUUAUGCAGCACAAGAAUGAAAAACAUCAGGAUGCUCUGGAUGUACUACUUGUCCUUCUGAGCUGAUCUGCCCAGAUAGCUGUCCUUUUGGGCAAUUUUAUUCAACCUCUUGCAUUUCUUGUACUGGCUCAUGUCCUUAUGGGUGCAGAUCAACUUUCACUUAUAGACUUUGCAAAGAUAAAGAAUGUCUUGCGUGCACAACUUUUGAUGGUCCUUGCACAUCCUGUAUAACAAAUGCCAGUAUAUCAGGAACCACAUGUGUUUGCAAUAAUAAUGCGUUUUGGGAACAAAGCUCAGACGGCUGCCAAAUUUGUGAUAAUUUAUGCAGUCAGUGUCAAACAAAUAAAUACUUUGUCUGCUCAUCUUGUGUGGCAACUUAUACUCUUGUUUCAAAUGUUUGUCUAAGAGAUUGCCCUUACGGAUUUACAAGUCCAUGUGUGACAGUUACUUCAUCUGUAUUAGAUGUAUCAUUUAAUGGAGAUUUUCAAGGAACUUAUUCAAUUUUUACUACUGGAACAAGUUCAAGUUCCUACCAAUUCUUUAAUUCACCUGAAACAGUGGAUCCCAUUCCUGCAAAGCAAAGAGGUCUCUAUUUCAAUGGAAGUCAAUAUUUACUGUCAAAUACAAAUAUAUAUCUUUCGCACAGUUUUGCAAUGGGUCUCUGAAUUUAUGUAACAGCUGUAGGAGACAUUUUAUCAAAUUCUAGGAUUACUAUCGAUUCAACUGGCUCUAUAAAAAUACCAUUAGAAAGUCCAUUAGAAGCAACUUCAUCUCUAACUCUAUCAAGUCCUUCAUUUGCAAUGUGAAUUUUUUUGUCAUUUACUUCUUCAUUUAACAGUCCUACGAUUGCAACUACUUUGACAAUAUAUAAUAAUAACAACCAAGCCGCAUCAUCAACUUAUAAUACUCUUAUCUAUAGAGAUCAAACUAAUGAAAAAAUUAAAAUCGGUGGCAGUUCAACGUCUUAUUUUACAGGAUUUAUAUAUAAUUACAAGCUCUGAAACGUUGCGGUUUUUGAUUUUUCGACACAACUAAAUGAAAUUUGCGGCUCUGGAUUACUAGCCUCCUGUCUAUGGGAGUGCGAUAUUAUCGAUUAUUCAGUCUCAUCAGCAUGCAUGAAUUGCGAUGCAGGCUGCAGUUUAGGAUGCACAAGAACUGGGUCAUGCAAUAUUUGUGACGAUCCUCUUUGUAGUGUUUGCACUGGGUUUGAUACAAAUAAAUGCAGCUCAUGUGUUUCUCAUGCUCAUAAUACACCAUGCAGCUGCGAUUCAGAUUACUAUUUAUUUCCUGACGGCUUUUCUUGCUUACCCUGCUUUACUGGGUGCUCUACCUGCUCGUCAUCACAUUAUUACCAAUGCUCAGCAUGCGAUUCUUCAUUUUAUUUAUUAAAUGUCCUAUGCGAUGCACAAUGCCCGAGCGGCUAUAGCCAAAACUCAGUCACGAAUAAAUGUGAUUUGACUAAUAAUUUGGUUAUUGAUUUGGAGCUCAAUGAUUAUAUAGUUCUUGAUAUUUUAUCAGGAUUUACCGUUGGGAGCAGUAAUGCAAACUCUUAUCCAAUUUUUGAUGCAAAUGACCCUAUUCCAGCUAUUAAUCGUGGAUAUUAUUUUACUGAUCAAAGCUACAUGAGUGGGUUUAUUGUUUUUAGUCCUUAUUUCUCAGUCAUGCUAUGAGUCAAAGUUUUAGAUCAAGGGGUUUUAAUUGAAAAAUACAAUGGUAGCGUUAUAUAUUUUUCUAUAAAAAUUGAUAGCAGUGGAUAUCAGAGUCUUAAUUUGUUACUUAAAGAUGGAUCAUCGCUAAAUUCAAUCUGUUCUCAAAAUAUAUUCAUGGAUUGGCAUUACUUGUCGUUUUCUGGGACAAUAAAUGGAGAUGGAACAUAUAGCUCCAAUCUUUAUGUCGAUACCAAUUUACUAAUAACAAGUACUUCUACAUCUGAAACAUACUUACGAGAUAAUGCUUCUGGAAUUUUUCUGAUUGGCUCUGAUCAAACAUCUAAAACUGGCUUCAAAGGAUUUCUAUGAAAUUUAAAAAUUUAUAAUGAUGAGAGUCAUGCAAACUCUGCAUGAGUAUCUACAGCUUGUACUAUCAAUCCUUGUACAAGCUGCACAAGUGGAGAUUUCUGUCCUAGCUCUUGCUCAUUGGAUAAUUACCCAAGCAGCUCUGCUUGUGCUUCAUGCAGGAGUUCUUCGUGUUCUUAUGGAUGCAGAAGCGAUCUGACAUGUCGACUUUGUAGAGAAAAAGAAUGCUAUUCUUGUAUAUCAUUCUCAAAUAAGUGCUUAACCUGCAUCACAAAUGCUGGAUUUGUAGGAAACUCAUGCCAAUGCAAUCUAAAUGCUUAUUGAAAUGGGAAUACAGAGACUUGUGACCUUUGCCACACGAUCUGUACAUCUUGCUCUGGGCCUUCUUUUACAGAAUGCAUUCAAUGUGGAUCUUCCUUGUUUAUGCUCUCAAACGUUUGUUUAGAGUUUUGUCCUUCAGGAUAUACUAUAAGUGGUAAUCAAUGUAUAUUAUCUAAUGAACUGGCUUUCAGCUUGAGGCUAAGCCAGAUAAAAGAUAUUGUUUAUGACUCAGUAGGAAAUGUAGCUUUUCAAACAGGAAAUGAUAAUAGUUUUUACCCUUUCUAUACUACUGAAGAUCCGUAUGCAGCAAUACAGAGAGGGUAUUAUUUUAGAGGGACAUCAUUUAUGAAAUCAAUUGAUAAUCCUCCAUCCUUUACUUUUGGAGCGGAAUUUACAAUAUCAGCAUGAAUAAAUCCAACUUUAGAUUCUGGGUACUUAAUUUCUAAAUCUCUCAAUUAUAAAUUAAAUAUAUUUUUUUCUGUUUGAUAAUGAUGUAUAUUUUUAACAUCUAAAAGAUGUAGAAAAGUAUUUAGAGUCAUUGAUAAAUACUCAAAUAAAAAUUAUUGAAAAUCCCUUACCAGGAGUAGAAAUUGGUAUAGAAAUUUCCCAUAAUGGCGCUGUUUGCCCUUGAUUUGCCCAUGACGAAUUUUUUUGGUUUGACCAAACCAUAUGGUACUGGUCGAACCAAAAAAAAUUUCCCCAGUGGGCAAAUCAAGGGCAAACAGCGCCAUCUAUGGGAAAUUUCUAUAAUUUUUUAUUAGGAUAGAGUAGUAAGCAAGAAAACUCACUUUCAAGUUUUCUGACUUUUUCAUUGAGCUCAGGAAAGCUUAAUUUUUUAAUGAAAUUAAAAGAUGGGACAACAGUUUCAUAUACAACUUCAGCUUUAUCAGUCACUUUAGGAUCUUGAAAUUUUAUUGCUGUCAAAAGUUUAAUUAGCCAAACCCCCCAACAGAUAAUUUCAUUUUACAUAGAUUCUUCUAAUGAAAUAUCAUCUGAUCUUAGAUCCUCAUGGUAUCAAGAUAUUUCUUCAUCAUUUUUUAUAUCAUUUGGAACUAGCUCUGAUUUAAAUUCGAAUUUUUAUACAGGUUUCUUAUGAAAUAUCAAUGUUUAUAACAUUGAUGAGCCUACAAUAAAUAUCAUAAUUUCUGGGACUUGCUCAGGCUGCUCAUUAUGUCCUAUAGAAUUAUCAAAUUCCUGCAUUCCAAAUUGUGACUUACCCUAUUAUCCUAAUACUUUAGCUUGCUCUUCAUGCCAAACUCAAUGUAUAUGAGGAUGCGUAAGAGAUGAUAAAAAUUGCAAUUUAUGUCAGGACGUAAUUUGCUUGGUAUGUGAUGAUUAUACAUCAACCUGCAUAGCCUGCAGAGAUCAUGCUUAUUUAUCUUCUACAGUAUGUGCAUGUUAUGAUGGAUAUUACUGGGAUUUGACAAAUGAAGAAUGCGCCUUAUGUGAUUAUACCUGCAAAAAUUGUACAGCUUCAACCUCUGGAGACUGCAUUGUUUGUGCAUCUGGAUUUUAUAAGUAUUUAGGAUGGUGCAUUUCUAAAUGUCCUGAUGGUUUUAUGGAAAGUGGAUCAGUGUGUGUAGAAAAGAAUACUUUUAUUUUUUAUUUAGAUUUUGAUACUUUAGAAGGAGUGGUUAUUGAUAAACAGAGCAAAAUUCCAGCGCUGACUGGAAACAGCACAGCCUUUUACCCAGAUUAUGAUGAGUUUGAUCCAAUAGCUGCUUCAUAUAGAGGGUUUUAUUUUAAUGGAGUAAACUCAGUUAUGCAUUUACCUAUUUAUCCAGGUUAUAAAAGCCCUGUUCUUUGUUUUGGAUAUUCUUUUACUUUUUCUAUAUGGAUAAAUGCAGAGAAUGGCUAUGGAAUGAUUGUAUCAAAGCAAGAUUUACUUUAUAACUCGAUUUUCUCUAUCCAAUUGGUAGCUGGAGUUGUAAUGGUAUCAUUAUCAUAAUAAAAUGUCUUCGAAUGAAGAGCUGAAACAAAGUUGGGUAGAUUGAGGCAAUGAGUCAAGCCAUUAUUGUUUACCAUACUACUGAAAAGCUUCAUCAGGAUUAGAAAAAGCGAGAAUUACUGUAAGGCUCGAAGUGUGUGCAAAAGUUAAGAACAAAAGGAGAAAAAGAAGUGGGUAGCGCUGUGUGCUCUAGAGACAUGAAUAGAGGCUAAGUUAAAUUAUAUAUAGGUAUCUCCUUUCAUAGCCCGGUAAGGGCAGGAAACAAGAGGGAAACUCUCCAAUAUCCAGCCCUUGUUGGGCUAUUGAAAGGAGAUUAGUUUGCAUUAAUGGCUUCAUUAAAUUUUAAAGCUAGUGGAUUAAAUUCUUUUUUUUACUUACUUCCAUUCUUGUUUAGCGAGCAAAUAAUCUUACUCACAAAUCAAAUCAAGUGAGCCAAAAAUUUUUUCUAAAACUAUAAAUUUUUUUGUUAUCAAAUUAUUAGCAUUUGAAAUGAAAAUCUAAGUGAAUUUAUGCUUUAGAGCGCAAGCUACCUAAAAUUUAAUAGGAUUAGCAGGAGAUUUCAUAAUAAUUCUCAUUAUUAUAUAUUAUAUGUAAAAAAAAAAUAUAUUAGCAGUUUUUUGCUGACUAACUAGAGGUCGGAGCUACAGAAUCUCGAAUCUUAUCAUUGAAAUCAUAUUGCAUUUACAGCUGUCUAUACAGCUUUAAAGCAGACAAAAAUGUCAUUCUAUUUAAACGGAAUUAUUGAUAAUCAAUUCGAUCUUGGAUCUGAUUAUUUUAAAGAUACUAACGUUGAUAUAACUUUUACAUUGGGUGCAGCUAAAGAAGCAUUAGGCUAUUCAAAUUAUUUUAAAGGAUUUAUAUAUGAUAUCAAGGGCUAUAACUCAGUCAAAAUUAUUUCAUCCCUUGCAUUACCUACACCUCAAUGCGCAGAAAACUGCAAAGCAUGCUUGACCACUGGAGUCUGUAUCCCUAACUGCUUCAUUAGCCAAUAUUGAAUUGGCCCACAAUAUAAUAAAUGCGCCUACUGUAAUAGUGCCUGCUUAAGCUGCAAAGAUUCCAGCAAAUUCUGCAAUCUUUGCGAUAACCCAAAAUGCACCUUAUGCACUGAUUAUACUGCAGAUUCCUGCCUUGAGUGUGCUUCUGGCACCUCUAACAUUACAAAUUGCCAAUGUGACUAUGGUCUUGCUUGGAACUCAACCUCAGGAAUAUGUGAGGCUUGCCAUCAAUGGCAAUUCAAAGCAAACGACUCCUGCUAUGACUGUCCUCCUCUUUGUGCUCAAUGUGAUAACGAGAACAAAUGCACAUGAUGUAUUAAUAAUGCUGAGUUAACCUCUGGAAAAUGCAAUUGCUCUCCUGGAUAUAUAGGAAAUACAACUUGUAUAUAUGUUCCAUUCAAUGCUACACUUACAGUCAAUUUAAAUAAUACUCUCAUUUUAAGCUUCAGCGAUUUUCUUAUAGCAAAUCUGGCAAGUGAUCAAAUUUAUAUAGAAAUUUUCAACCAGACAGUGGAGUCAUUUUCAGUUAGAUAUAUUUCAAACAAAAGCUACCUUAUAGUGUGUGAUUUUGGAGGAGGCAUUAAAAGAGGCACAGUAGUUACAGUAUAUUUUAUAAAUCCAAGACAAAUUGAGUCAGUUUCUGGGGGUCUAAUUUAUAAAAAUUAUUUAUCAGGAAUUCUAUAUAAUUCGCUCAAAACCUCUGAAGAACGAGAAAUAGAACAAAUCCAAAACCAAGUUUCUGCAGGGGUAAAAGUCUUGGUUGGGAUGGGAGCCCUUAUAGCAAUGCUUAAUCCAAGUAUUUCUGGAUUUUGAACAAUGCUGAAUACUAUUCAACUUUUAGCGUAUAUACCUUAUGCAAGCUAUCCUUUGACAGAUAAAGCUAUUGCAUUUUUUAAAGCAAUGAAUGGGUUUAAUUUUGUCCCUAAUGUUUUUUCAUUGUUUUUGGAUGAAGCGCAAGGAAAUACUCCAUACUAUCAGGCAGAGAGAUAUGGAUAUGAUAGUGAUUUAAUUCUGAUAAAUAUAGGAAAUGAUGUGACAAUAUUGUGCGCUAUUAUAUUGAUGAUGCCUUUAACGUUUUACUUGUCUAAAUGCUCAGCCCCUUCAUUUAAUAACGAGCAUUCUUUUAUUUGUUGCUAAUUGGGUGUAGAUUAUAAAUUCUAUAAAUUUUAUUUAAAGAUUAAGUAGAUAAAAAGCCAAAAAAUAAUUUCAAAUAUUUUAAUUAAAAUUUUAAGCAUUAGUUGAAAUAAAACUAUGUAGUGUCUUCACACUUAUUGCCUGCUCUGACGCAUCCUACUACUCCCACAACUUGAAGAGUUGAUGAGUCACCUUAGGCAAAAAGCCAAUUCUAAAAGUUGACAAAAGCAUACCCUUUUGACAGGAUGGGUCAGCUUGGUGUUAACUAGUCGCCUUAAGGUUAUCUCAGCUCUUCAAGCUGCAGGAAGGAGGCUGCGUUAUGGCACGCAAUAAGUGUGUAGUUGCUAUAAAAGUUUUGUUUAAAAUUUUUCGAUUUUUUUAAAAUAUUUUUUAUCAAGUUAUUAUUAGGAUUUUAAAUUAACUCAAAUUGACUUAAACAAAAUUAUUGAUUUAUUUAGAACAAUUAUAGUUGUAAUAAAAAUAUAUUUUAUAGAUAAAAGAUAAUCAAUAAUUUAUUUAUUUUAAAUGGUGUUUAAGGGAAAUAUUUAGUGGGAGAAAUGAAGGCUUUGCUCUUUAUUAAAUUGAGGUACGAGUCAGAGAGACAUGUAGGACGAAAACUGAAAAAAAUUUACUAUGAGUACAAAUUCGGGGUAUUUUUAAGAUUUUGAAUAAUGAUAUAUUUAGAGGCUGGCUUUGCUGCUAUUGUUGGUAUUAUCAGCUCAAGCAGCUCUGAGAUUCAUCCAGGUGUUGUAGGGUUCACCAAUCUCCUUAUUUGUUGGGUUUUUAUUGUAAUAUUUAUUUAGAUACUCAUUCUCAUAACUCCUCUGCUGCUCUCAUAUUCUGGAUAUAAAAAUUUAAACAAUAUUGUAUAUAAAAGAAAUAGAAAAUGAUUAAUACCAUGGAACUCUCUUUAUUAUGAAUUUAAGAACGACUUAACCCCUAUUUAUUAAAGAAAAUCUGUAGAUUUUAUAUUAUCUUUUUUUACUUGAUUUGUUUUGUUGAAAAAAAAUAUUUUAUAAUAAUUUUUAAAAUAUAAUAAGCCAUAAUUUGCUAAAAUUAAUUUAUUUAUAUAUAAAUAUAUUAUGUUAAUUGCAAAAGCUGUCAAAGAGAUAUUUUAUAAAUAAACUUUCUUUUCUCAGUUAAAUCAGAGUUAGGAUUUAUGAGCACACAAUAUUAUACUCUAUUUUUCAUAAGAAGAUUGCUUUUCAUUGCAACUCAAGUCUUUUUAAAUGACUUCCCCGAGAGUCAGCUCACCAUUAAUACAGUGCUAGCAUUAUGUGUAAUUUUUAUAUAGAUAGCACUAUAUAUUUUUGUUUAUAAACCUUUUGAAGAUCCAGUAAUUCAAAUCACUAAUUUAAUUACGGAAUGUGGGAUUUCUAUAACUUUUAUAAUGCUCAGUCCAUAUUUUUUUGACCUCAAAUCUACUUCACAGGAUAUUAUGGAUAACUGUAUAAUGAUUUUCGUUGCUUUCGUUAUGGCAGCACAGACAGCUGGCCCCUUAAUAAAUUCCCUAAAAGAACUAUAUUAUAUUGCUAAAAGAAGUAUGUCGAAAGACACACGUUCACGCCCUAUAAAAUUGUCAAAAAACGGAAAAAGAAUAGAUUUAAAUAACUUAAAUGAUUUUUUUGAAAGUGAAACUCCUGCAAAUGUGCCUGAUUUUAGUGAUACAGAGAAUCAAAAUUUCGAACAAGAUCCAUCAAACUCAAUAAAUGAAUAA